AAAAGCAAGCGCUCGUUUUAACCAUGUAAAAUGUUACUCGUGAUGUGUGUAUAUAUAGAAAAUACCGACCGGAUAUGGUCCGUUUUAUUUUGUGACGCUUUCCAGCACCAGUAACCUAACUUAUGAACAGGCGCUAGGCGAGUAAUAAUAAUGUCUCGGCGAGGAGAUGGCAGCUAAGUUACCAAAAGCUCGUAAUUUCAGUGUGUGAUCGGUUGUCGUUUGGGAAUAGCUUUCGAAUUCUUUAUUGGUGAAGUCAAACUGCGGACAAUGCUAGCCGGUUAGCCCGGAGUUGCAGCUAGCUGGCUAAGGAAGUUAGCUAGCUAUUCGCGUCAGCUUGCCGGAGGCUGUUCUCUUGUUUCGCGCAUUUCAAGCCUGUUCACCGACCCCAGUAACUGCUAAACCGAUCCCCAAAUGGCGAGGUUGGAUCACCGUUUUGCCAAUGUUUAAGACGGAAGAGCGAAACUUCCACGAUCCGGUUUUAAAAAUGAGGACUCUUUAGUGUUUCUCCUAAGCGGGUUUCUGCCGGCGCCGCUCUUUUGUUUUGACAAAGGAAGAGGACCUGAAUUUCUUUCUUUCUUUUUUUUCUUUCUUUUUUUUUUUUUUUUUUUUUUUUUACACCACCUCCACAUUUUCUGGUGGGACAAGUUCACUUCCCCCUUUUUGAUUUAAGUUUUGUCAAUGGCUCCGCAUAAGCAUAGCUCAUCAGGAGGGAGCCACCCGGUGGGGUUUGGUUCUGGAGGAAAAACCAACGGGUCCUACCAGUCCUCCUCCUCCGCUGCGAUGGCUGCAGCCAAGAAGCCCAACAUGCAACUUAUACAAGCCGACCACGAGUUGUUCCUGCAGGCCUUCGAGAAACCGACCCAAAUCUACAGGUUCCUCCGCACAAGAAACUUGAUUGCUCCCAUAUUCUUGCACAGGACGCUCACCUACAUGUCCCACAGAAACUCAAGGAAUAACAUCAAGAGGAAAAGCUCCAAGGUCGACAAUCUGCUGUUCAAAGUGGAAAAGAUGAGGGGCGAGCAGGAGACGCACAGCCUGUCUUCUAAUCUGCAGCUUACGUUCACUGGCUUCUUUCAUAAAGCUGGAAAACCCUCUCAGGACAGCGAGAACGAGCAGAACUCCGUCUCUCUGGAGGUGCUGCUGGUCAAAGUCUGCCACAAGAAGAGGAAGGAUGUCAGCUGUCCGGUGAAGCAGGUCCCAACGGGGAAGAAGCAGGUUCCUUUGAACCCGGACACAAGCCCCGGAGUCCAGGCAAAGACGGGCUCCUUCCCCUGCCUGCUGGUUCCCAGCAGCGAAUUUGAACCCAGCAACUCUCACAUGGUCAAGUCUUACUCUCUGCUCUUCAGAGUGACGAGGGCCGGGUGUCCUCGAACGCAGAUCAACGGCCUGACCAAUGGAGAGAAUCACCACAGCAGAGAUUUCUCAGAGGAAGUCGUGAGCAGGAAGAGGAGGAGCUCCUCUCUCAGGGAGGAGGGAGAAACCACAUAUGUGGCUCAGAUGACGGUCUUUGAUAAAAACAGACGCCUGCAGCUGUUAGAUGGAGAGUAUGAGGUGUCCAUGCAAGAGAUGGAGGAGUGUCCCGUUAAUAAGAAGCGGGCGACCUGGGAGACCAUCCUGGAUGGAAAGCGUUUGCCUCCAUUUGAGAGUUUCUCUCAGGGUCCAACCCUGCAGUUCACCCUGCACUGGACCAGCGACUCCUCCGACCACUCCACUGCACCGGUGGCUAAACCCCUGGCCACCCGCAACUCUGAGACCAACCAGGACCCCAGACCCAGCACCCUGAGAGCCUCACACACACUGGCCGUUAAAGAAUCACUGAAUUCGGACGCGCAAACCAGAAGAGAACUAAUCUUAGCAGAGCCGCGGCAGAAACUUCGAAUCUUCUACCAGUUCCAGUACAACAACAACACACGGCAGCAGACCGAGGCCAGGGACGACCUCCACUGUCCCUGGUGCACUCUCAACUGCAGGAAGCUGUACAGUCUGGUCAAACACCUCAAGCUGUCCCACUCCCGCUUCAUCUUCAACUACGUGCCCCACCCUAAAGGAGCGAAAAUCGAGGUCUCCAUCAACGAGUGUUACGAUGGCUCGUACGCGGGAAACCCUCAGGACAUCCAUAACCAGCCGGGCUUCGCCUUCAGCAGGAACGGCCCCGUCAAGAGAACCGCCGUCACCCACCUCCUCGUCUGCAGGCCAAAGAGGACGAAACCGAGCCUGUCCGAGUUUCUGGAGUCGGAGGACGGCGAUCGGGAGCAGCAGAGGACGCAAAUCAGCGGACACAACCGCCUUUACUUCCACAGCGACUGCUGCGUGCCGCUGAGGCCCCAGGAGAUGGAGGUGGACAGCGAGGAUGAGCGAGACCCCGACUGGCUCAAAGAGAAGACUACUAAGCAAAUCGACGACUUCACCGACGUCAACGAGGGGGAAAAGGAGAUCAUGAAGCUGUGGAACCUGCACGUCAUGAAGCACGGCUUCAUAGCGGACAACCAGAUGAACGACGCCUGCCUGGUCUUCGCCGAGCAGCACGGCGCCUUCAUCGUCAAACACAACCUGUGCCGCAACUUCCUGCUGCACCUGAUCAGCAUGCACGACUACAACCUGAUCAGCACGCUGACCAUCGACCAGGCCAUGGCCGGACUGCGCCUCCUCCAGAGGCAGGCCGCGCAGAGGGACACGGACAGGGAGGAGGAGGAGGAGGAAGAGGAGGAGGAGGAGGAGGACUGGGAGACGGCCGUGGAGUCCCAGCCGGAGCCGGACCCGGACCCGGACCCCGACCCCUCCGAGUACAAGGCCUGCAGCGACGAGAAUAUCAACGGCUGCUCGGAGAACGCGAACCAGCAGGAGGGGCUGUGACGGAACAGCUGCACACCAAGCAGAAACUAUCCGGAUGUGGCUUGGUUUGAAGACGACAGCUCGGUCAGAGAUCCACGAAGAACCCACAACAUGGCUUGAAAUGGAAAAACUGUAUAAGGAAAAAAAAAAUAAUAAGUCACAAACAGGUUUUAAACACACACACACACACACACACACACACACACACACACACACAUACACACACAUACCGAGGUUACUGCAGGGAUAAAGUUUUCUAAGGCAGAUUACACCAGAAGAAAGGCGGACUUUUACUCGUAUAACUUUUAGAAUGUCAUAAAGCGUUAAAGUUGGACACUUUUGAAUUCCUCCACGACGUGCGCUCUGAGUCUGUAGCUGCUUCAGGCUCCAUUGUUUCUGCCACCAAAUCCCAUCUUCAGUCUGGACGCGUGGGGGCGGAUUCUGUGGAUUUAAACUUUUUUUUUCUUGUUGAUACCAAGAAAAGUCCCAAACUACCAACGUGUCUCCAUGUAGUUCAUUUACACCAUAGUUCACUCAACAAACUUCCUCAGUGUGAAGCUCUAGGAUUAUUUGGCUCCACCAAAGCUUUCUGCCUUUCUUUCUUUUUUUAUCUUUCUUUCUGUCCAAUCAAGCUUCCAGGUCUUUCUUUUGUUCACACAAACGUUUCCUGCUCUUUACCUCAACAGUUUUUCUUUCCACCUGAGCUCUGCUGCAACUUUUUUUUUGUUUUUUUUCUCGAGUAUCGCGACCUGAGAACGUGACUGUGCCGCGCACACUCUUCUGAACAGUGUUCCUACUCCUGGUGCUGGACGUUUUUAUUCCUCACAAACACUCAGCGGUCACUUUUUAUACCUAUUCACUGCCACAACACGCGAACACGAGACCUUUCCUACGGUGCUUUUUUCUUAUCCACUCCGCUGACCCUUAGGACAACAAAAGAAGACCGAUAGAGUAGCUCGAAAAGUGUCUCCAAACAAGGUGCUGCCCUCUUGUUUUAUGUUUUUUGGUUUCUGUUUCCCGGUGUCGUUGCAGUGCCAACUCACCCUGUUAUGUACAUAAGCCCGCGGGGAGUGACGGCGCCCGCUGUAAAAACAUUAUCUCUGGAAACCUGAACGCCACCCAAGAGGGUUUGUUAGUUUCUUAGUUUACAGACCAAAGGGGAUUCAUUCACACUCGUUUUAGUGUCUGCUGUAAAGAAAGGCUGAUGCCGCCUUACGGUUUAGCUUUCACCGCUCCAGACUGUACGCAGGAUGAGCCUCCGGGCGCGGCCCAGCUGUUGGGACCGGCACCGACGGAGACAUCGCUCUUUUUUAAAAAGCUUUACAGAAGCCUUGACGGCGACGCAUCCAGCCUGCAGGAAUGUGCUCGACUGCAGGAUUUCAGAGCCAUUUUGUGUUCAGUCAGAGCACUUUUUUGGUUUCAGUAGAGCCCACUGAAGAUAUUAAGGGUUGUUGUUGUUGUUGUUGUUGUUGUUUUUAUUCAGUCACAAGACCAGCAGCAUUUUGCACAAGAUGGGAGGAGCCAUGUCAAGAAAACAGGACUUUUCUUCAACAAUAAUGUAAAAACCAGCUUGACAAUAUGAACGCUGGAAGCGAGUCACAAUGGUUUUCUAUUAAAAAGAACAAUUUUGUAAUACU